CAUGUAGGAGUCUGUAGUGUGCUUAUGAAAGGGCAGAAAGAUGAGAGAAAGAGUGCUUGAUACAGACGGGCUAAUGGCAGAUAUCGACUCCACAACCUUGUCAUCUCACUUUGACUGCACAUCAAACUAGGCUGUGUGAGGGCGCAAGCUUCAGCAAGGGGAGAGGGAACAGAGAGUGAGUGAGUGAAGAAGAGAGAGAGAGAGAGAGAGAGAGAGAGAGAGAGAGAGAGAGAGAGAGAGAGAGAAGUAAACGCAAGGCUUUACAUGCACAUAUUCACACAGAACACCCUGAAUUCCCAAAGCCAGAGAGGGAGCCACAGAGAAAGCAAGGUCACGCUAGAGCAGGAAUAUCAAAGGUAGACCAGAAGUAAAGAUCUUCUUGUUGUGGGAUUAAGGAAAUGGGAACUGUGGAUCAGGAAGUCCUGGUUUGAUUCAGAGGACAACAAAUUUGAUGCUGUAUUCUUGUGCAUGUUAAGGCAGGGCAACACGUUCACUUAGUGAAAACAUGGAGAAACUCUCAGGCAAAGAAAAGGAGCUGAUCCGGGACAGCUGGGAGAGCCUUGGCAAGAACAAGGUCCCGCACGGCAUUGUCAUGUUUACCAGGUUGUUUGAACUGGACCCAACUCUGCUGACCCUCUUUAACUAUAAAACCAACUGUGGAGUAGUGCCCGAGUGUCUGUCCAGCCCUGAGUUCCUGGAGCAUGUGACCAAGGUGAUGGUAGUGAUUGAUGCAGCUGUCAAUCAUCUGGACGACCUGGACUCUUUGGAAGACUUUUUGUUGAACCUGGGCAGGAAGCACCAAGCUGUUGGUGUCAAAACCCAGUCCUUCACUGUGGUUGGAGAGGCCUUGCUCUACAUGCUGCAGUGCAGUCUUGGAACAGGCUACACAGCUGCACUGCGCCAGGCUUGGCUCAACAUGUACACUGUCGUGGUGGCUGCCAUGACCAGAGGCUGGGCAAAGAACGGAGAACACAAGUCCAACUAAGCAGUGGCAGAACACAAAAAGAUUUACCCUAUAGUUGGGCCAGAGGCAACCUUGUAGUCAGUGCGUUGAGCCAAGCCGUGUGCUCACAGGCCAAGUAUCUCUAAGGUACGACAUCUGAUAUAACUGUAGUUAAAGUGGUUAGAGAUGAUACUAUCCGUGCAAUAAUUUGUAGGUUUGAUCAUUUCAAAUACAGACAACACAAAUAUGAGCAGUUUAUGGCUGACAACUGGAACUUGCCUUGUAUAUAAUGGCUUGAUGUGUCUCCUAUCUCUAAUGGCUGUUGUGCUGUUUUUGAUGUUUCUUACAUAAAAGUCAUGAAACACGAGAUAUGACUAUGCACCAUCAGCCUGUUCAACUUGGAGCAACAAUGGCUCGACUGUUUUGUCUCUUGAAAGUAAAAUCACAUCCUAGUCAACAAAGCUUUCUGAUCUAAAUGAUUCUAAACCUUCAUCUGAUCCAUAAAUAUGGAUCUACAUUUUUUUUCUGAUUGUGAACAUUUAAAUGUUCUCAGUAACAAUAUUGUAAGAGCCAGUAAGCAAUCGGUAAAAGUUUUCAGGAUAAAAAUGUAAUCGUCAAUAUCAGUAUUAUUACAUUUUGAAAACCAGUGCUAAGAAUCAUUACAUAUAAUAAGAUCUUUAAGACUGUUAGUUUCUGUGUCAGAUUAUUACCUUACUUUUCAUGAUUCAUUUUCUAGAAUAAACAGAACACUAGAACAGACUGUUACUUAAAACGGAGAGACUGUUAUGUCAUAUACAUUGAUGUGAUUACACUGAUCCAGCACUGAUCCUGCGUAAUUGAUCACCUCACUGAUAAUAAGUUGUACGGUACAGUACAAAUUAAGUUUGUAAUGUUUUGUUUCUUCAUUUAUUUUAGCUAACACUGCUUUUGAAAGUUCUUUAUUGUUGAAUGACUGUUUAAAUGGCUUGCACAUUGUAUAAGUCAUAUACAGCAAUGUUGAUGGGAUACACGGACGCCUUUAAAUGUUAGCCCUAAGAUGUAAAAAGCGAUGAUUUCCUGUUUGCUGCUAUACAUAUUUUAAAAUUCUCUCAAUAGUACUACAGAAAUAUGGUUCUCUUUAAAUCAGACAUAUUACUACAUUUCAUAAUUUAAUAAUAAUGCCAAGCAUUUUAACACGUGCCAAGAUAUGAAGACAUCCUGUAAACAUUACGUGUUAUUCUGCACAUCUUUAUAUUCAAGGUACUGUCAUGUUGUUUGAUUCUUCUUUCUUGCUGUUAUUACAACUACUGUAUUUACAGUCUAUUUUUGUAUUUUGGUGUGUAUGUGAAUAGAUAUUGGUAUUUACUAGGUGGUGCUGUAUAAUAUUCCUGUGUAAAAUCUUUUUAGUUCAUUCAUUCACAAGGAUAUAGAGAAGGCUUUGAGAUGUGACUUCAGCACAGGAAAUGAUUUGUUUGAACUGAACCUGAAUUAGAUGAAUUAGAUCAUUAAAAAUCCACUCAAUCUUUCAACGCCUUCAACCUCCGGCAUUGUUCACCAGUGACCUCUGGCUUAUUAUGCACUCAUUCAUCUUAAGGCUAAUGAUUCUGUAACUACAGUGAAGUGAAUAAUAUUGUACUGCAUUUAAUGUGAAAUGUUAAUUUGGCCCUGUGAACAGUUCCUGAGAGGUUAUGGAGUCGGAUAUAAGUGUAAAUAUUCUUACAGCACAAAGAAACUUGUUAUUGUCUUUAUCUAUUUAUUCAUGGACUGUUGUGUGAGCCUAUUGCUAUAUUUGACUCAGUAAUGUUCUUUAUUCUCUGGAUAUUCUGUAACUGAAGUGGAUGUCUACCUCACUCAUGUAGCUGCUGAGAACAGCGAUGAUAUGACCUGACUCCUCAACCAAAAAACACUCACGCUUCACAAGCACUGUACAUCUUGUGUUUCUUCGAACAUGCUGUAACACAGAUAAUAGUGAGCUCUGUCAAGCGUUUCUGUCAGGAUUUGUU